UAACAAGGGCCCGUGAGGAGACGGCCGCGGUUGCCCGCCCGCCCGCCCGUGCACGUGUGAAGGGCGCGGACGCGUGUCAGGGCCCGCCAUGGAGCCGGACCUGGAAGCCUGGCGGGAGCCGCAGGAGAGCGAGCGGCUGUGGGCGCUGCGGAGGCGGUUCCUGCUGCGGAACCGGGCCGGCUUCGACGGGGAGGCCGGCCAGAGGAGGCUGCUGGCCCUCUCGCAGGCCUGGGCCAACCACCUCUCCAUGGGAUGCAGGUACAGCCCCCAAGUCAUGGAGAAAAUCCUCCAAAUGGCCGAAGGGAUUGACGUGGGCGAGAUGCCGUCCUUUGAGCUGGUGCCGGGCUCCAAGGACAGAAAGAGGCCGGGUUCUCCGUUGCAGGACACUUCUUCCCGCAGUCUUGAGGCUCCGAGGAAGCAGGCUCCCAAACUACGUGUCCGGCCUCGCUUCGAACCCAUCCACUUUGUCGCCAGCAACACCCAAGACAAAGAUAAGGACGAGCCUUUGCAAAACCAGACGCAGCCCGCCAGGAAGAACAUCACGACCCAGCAAAUCCAAAACUACGCUGAUCAGGUUUUCAGCAGCUUCAGUACCCAGGACGGGGACUCUCUGCUUCCACGUUCAGUGGGCUUAGGCUAUGGGAGCAGCCAGUCAGAAGCCAAGGCCGUUCCCAAAAGCAAAGACACUUCUGAUCCAAGUGUUGCUGUGCCUGCGAGUGGGCCAUCUGACCUCCCGUCCACCUCUGAAACAUUCCCGAAAACAGUGAUAAGUGACAAACAGUAUUUCAUCAACAAACUCGUCGCUGCCGUCCGCAAGAACCUGGCGAGCCCUGAAACUGGCGGCGGGCCGGAGAAGGUUAACUACACUUACCUGUUGACGCGGUCCAUCCAGGCCUGCAAGACCAACCCCGAGUAUAUUUAUUGCCCCAUGAAAGAUAUUUCCCCGGCCGAUCUCCCCGAGAGCAAAAGGCUCCUCAAAGACGGCUUUGUGUGCGAGGUGAGGUGCCAGGACGUGUACCUGGCCACCGGGUACGCGGGGAGCAAGAACGGGUGCCGGGACCGGGCCACGGAGCUGGCGGUGCUGCUGCUGCUGAAGCCGGUGGAGGUCCGGGCGGCCCAGCGGAAGUUCAAGGGCGCCGCGUGGGAGGACUUGGUGGUAUGCGAGCGCGGCAAGGUGCCCCCCGAAUUCCCGCCGUCACUCAAGCAGCUGGACGACCCUCCCGCGGCCACGAAAGAGGCCUCCCCCGGGCAGCUCAGCCCCGACCCCUUGCAAGGACCCAGCUCGGGGAAGCACUGGACCGAUUUUGUUCUCACCGAGAACGCCAGCGAUGCCAUCGGGAUCCUGAACAACUCGGCCACCUUCAACAGGAUGUCGAUCAAGUACAAGUACUCGCUGCUGCAGAACCGGCUGUGGCGCUGCGGCGUCUACCUGGAGGACCAUUUCCUGGCGCAAGGGUUCGGCACCAAGAAGACCAGCAAGCACGCCGCGGCGGACGAGGCGCUCAAGAUCCUCCAGAGGACACAGCCCAACGCCGGAGGCAACAAAGUGGCGCUGGUCCAGAGGGUGGGUGGCAGCAGCGGUGGCGGCGUGUGCGGUCCGGCCAAGAAGAAGGACCUGAAGGACCUUGUGGUCUACGAGAACUCCCUGAACCCCGUGUGCACCCUCAAUGACACCGCCCAGUUCAACAAGGUGACGGUGGAGUACAUUUUCGAGAGGAUGACGGGGCUGCAGUGGAAGUGCAAGGUGCUGCUGGAGGACGAGCUGGUGGCCGAGGCCGUCGACGUGAAGAAGACCGUCAAGCACAUGGCGGCCGAGGAGGCCGUCAAGGUCCUGAAGAAGACCCAGCCCACUGUGGUCAACAACCUGAAGAAGGGCGCCGUCGAGGACGUCAUCUCGCGGAACGAGAUCUGCGGGCGCUCCGCGGGCAACGCCAUGAAGCAGCAGAUCAAGGAGGACAACAUCGGGAACCAGAUCCUCCGGAAAAUGGGCUGGACGGGCGGCGGCCUGGGCAAAACCGGGGAGGGGAUCCGGGAGCCGAUCGCCGUGAAGGAGCAGUUCAAGAGGGAGGGCCUCGGGCUGGACGUGGCAAGGGGCGGCUCCAGGAUCACCAAGAAGGACAUCGAGCAGAUUGUCCAGAAGUACGCUUUCUCGGACAGUAACGUCGACCUGACCUUCUCCACGGAGCUCACCAACGACGAGCGCAAGCAGAUCCACCAGAUCGCCCAGAAAUACGGGCUCAAGAGCCGGUCGCACGGCCAGGGCCGAGACCGGUACCUGGUGGUCAGUCGGAAGAGGCGCAGAGAGGACCUGCUGGACCAGCUGAAGCAGGACGGCCAGGUCGGCCACUACGAACUCAUCAUGCCGCAGGACAAGUGAGGCCGAGCUCACAACCGGACUGGCCUCGGUUUCCCCAUUAAACAAAGCGGGCUCUGUGUUCUUGUGUGGAAAGGACAACUGUGGGAGAAAGUGUUACUUGUCAUUUAAGAACGUCUGAAUCACGAGUCCUGUCCAAACCUCCAUAGUGCUGUCUGGAUAACAUUAGUGCGGUCCCGUUUUAUGAAUUCUCGUAGGGAAAAGGCCCGUUUCCUCCCCGUUUUACUGGUUUUGUAAUUGCAGGAAGGAACGUGCCUGCCCGGAAGAAAGCAGGACCACAUUUUAUUACGAAGGGAGGACGACCCCCUUGUGUCUUUGUUUUGCCUUUUAAAAAAUGAAGUCGAGGCGAGAACGGAAGAUGGCACUAUGAAGAAUACUAUAUGUAAAGUUGGUAUUAAUAAAACAAAAUAGAUUUUUAUUUCCGGA